AUGAGCCGCCUGACACAGAAUGUGAAGGAGCUGAUGAAGGCGAUGACCCGUGUCCCCGGUUUUGAUAGAGUUUUGGAAAAGGUGACUCUGGUGUCUGCUGCCCCUGGGAAAGUGGUUUGUGAAAUGAAAGUAGAAGACGACCACACCAAUAAAUAUGGCACUCUCCAUGGUGGUCUGACGGCCACUUUAGUGGAUAACGUAUCAACAAUGGCUCUGCUGUGCACUGAAUGGGGGGCACCAGGAGUCAGUGUGGAUAUGAACAUCACGUACAUGUCACCUGCUAAAAUAGGAGAAGACAUAGUAAUAACAGCGCAUGUUCUGAAGCAAGGGAAAACACUUGCAUUUGCCUCUGUGGAUCUGAUGAACAAGACCACGGGAAAAUUAGUAGCACAAGGCAGACACACAAAACACCUGGGAAACCAAGCCCAGCAGUUUGGCUCAGACACCCAACAAUAAAGACCAAGCAUAAAUUUGACUUGAACAAAUGUAACUUUCAAAAUAAAUUAGCACAACCAGAAAUAGUUAAUUAUUUUCUUUGGGGAAAAUGACAUAGGAACCAAAUGGGACAUAGGAUGGGACUGUCUCUAUUUGUGAUUUUAAACCUCUUCAGUUUGUAAUCUUAUAUAGAUGAUACUUGGACGAAAAAAAUUCUUAGCUGAAAGGGUUUCUGAAAACUUAGGUAAAGCGAAGCCAGCAAGACCAUUUUGAGAUGAGAUUACUUUAAAACUAAAGUCCAGUAUUAAGCUAUGAGAGAUAUAGGAAGCAACUUUA